GCAGUGUUGUUUAAAAAAGCGGCGGUUUGAGGCUCAGCUUGUGUUAAAACAUUGGAAGAACUUUUGCCCUCGUAAAGUUAUAAGGAACCCUGGCGUGUUUUUUGCUGUCAUGGAGCAGCGGAAGUUCCCAGAGAAAGGUGGUCUUCUGGGUAAACUGGCUCCCGGAGAGAAGAAACUGGAUGGAAGGACGUUCUAUCUGGAUAGAGUAAAGAAGCGCUGCACAGCCCUCCUUCUGGAAGCCAUAACUUUAUUUGGAGGGAAAGUCGAAAGUUUUCUGCACAAGGAUGUCAGUUUUGUUGUGACCGGAUGCUUUGAAGAACUAGAGCAGAGGGCAUCAGACAGUAAAGCUAAACUAGGUGAAGCUACUCCCUCCAAACAGCGAGAGAGUGCACUGAAACAAGACAGACAAAAGCAAGGGACUCCCAGGCCUGCACUAAAAGUGUGUGGCAGUCGUGGGAAGGCUCUGCUAGAAAAGGCCAUUCUUAAUAAUGAGCGGCUGCAGGGGAGCAGUGUUUUGACCAAUGCCCGAUCGUGGGGAGUAAAGAUUCUAUAUGCAGAUGAUGUCCUUCUGUACCUUAAGCAACUGUCUCGAGAGAGUUUCGACACUAAAUCUAAGAAGCCAGAGAAAGUUUACACCAAACAAAGCCCAAAUGCUGUAAAAGCUGCACCGCUGAGGUCUCCAUAUCUCAAAGUUGAAGACUUGAGCAGAAAACACAAGCCUCUGCACAUGCAGUCCAUGAGCUUCCCGAGCGUGUACUACUCCGGACGUUACAGCCCUUUUGAGUGCCCUCCUCCUCCUCGCUUUGACAAGUGGACCGAAAAAGAAGAGAGGAAAGACAUUAAAAAUGUCAAGGUCGCAGUCAGCACUGAGGACAAAUGUCAGACUCCUCUCAGCUGUAACCCUUCUCCAUGGAGGCCUCGAAAGAAGGAUGCGGCUUAUUGUGAAUGCUGCCGGCAAACCUACCAAAACCGAGAGGAGCAUUUACAAACUGACCAACACCGUGCGUUUGUGCUGGAGUCUUCCAACUACAGUGUGGUUGAUCAACUUGUAGCUGCUAUGGCUCCUGGGUUUGACCCUGAUCCUCCACCACAACCUGAAGAACUCAAUUGUUUUUGCAAAACUUCUCCAAAUCACAUUGUAUGUGAACUUGAACCACUGACAGAUCUGGAAACUGAAGAUGCAGUGAAAGAUCUGAAAGAGUCCAAUGAUAUUGGCAAUAACAUUUCGAUUCUUAUCAGAGAUACUGUUUCACCUUCUCCCGAAAUCCAGCCCACCACAACCAAUCAAAACAUGGAAAUCACUGCUUUUACUACUGAUGCUGAUGCUAAACCUUUGAGCCCUGCUAUGCCUGUUUUAGAAAUAAUUCCACAAGAUCCACUUUUUUCAGAACCACACCAAGAUCUAAAGCCCCUGUCUCCUUUCCCUGUUAAUCUAUGUCUCAACCCUGACCCUUUCCCACCAAUACUAAGUCCCCAACUACCUGAUUUACACUCUCACAGCUCAUAUUUGGAGGCCCCCGUUUUAAGCCCGCAACGGUCAACUUUACAAGAGCCUAAAAAUGAGCCUAUUGUUCAAGUAGACAAUGAAAUACAUGCUUCUCAGUCUGUUAUUUUGAAUGCACAGCACAGCACGUCUAGUGUUAGAACUGCUGUGAAAUUGCCAGAGAAGAAUCAAACGGAAAUUAAAGUUUCUAACCACAUCUGUGAGCGCAGGUCUCGUUCACUUCCUCGUCAAACAUCAACUUUACUAAAUACGAAAAAGCGCAGUAGGUCAGCUAGUCCUGAAUGCAGUACAAGCAAAAGGAGAAGGAUGAAUGAAUGUGGUCAUUUCAAGGACUCAAAACAUGGACAGAAAUCUGAAAUCACAAAAGAUAAGUAUUCGUUAUUUUUUGAAAACGCAUUUAGCAAAAUAGUUCAGUCUUCUCCUAAGCCAGUUCAGACAUUGCGGAGUUAUUGGACAAUGGAAAACUCUACACAGACAUUUGGCGCUUUCUCUGUCCCUCAAAUGAACAUUGCAGUACAGUGGACGCCAUCUUUAAAACUACCUCUUCCAAACACACCAAUUGCCGUCCCUUGCGGUCAAAAUGUUUUUUUAAGUCAAAAUUCUGAACGCUCAAAUUCCCACUCGACUUCAGUCUGCAUCGAAUCAGCUCUCAUCCCAGAUGUGGCGGCGCUCUCCUCUUCCUCUUCGGAUUCGGACUGGGAUUGUGAAUUACUGUCCCGCCUGGUGCCCUCCGGAAACGCCCUGACCUCCAAUGAACCCAGUGGGGAACUGAACAAGGAGCUGCUGCAACAGUCCUGCCCCUGGAUGCACAACAGCAGCUACGAGUCCCGCCUCCACGACGUCUUGCAGCCGACAGCGCAGCCAAUCACAGUGGACUCCUCUGCUUUCUCCAGGACUGUGGUACAGAUUGUAGAGGUGCAGCACUGAAAGCAUUUAUGAAAGACUUUAUAGAUUUUUAUUGCAAUGAAACAACUGCAACACAAGCCAACAAUAUUCAUUAUUUUUGGUUGUCACAGUAAUUUGUCUCAUCCACUCAUUUGGAUUAAUUUGUUCUCAGAUGCCCUUCCUGUCACAACUUUUUCCAUUUAUAAUUUGUUUUUGGUCUGCCUAAAGCAGAACUUUUUUAUUAUACAAACUUGGGACUGGCAGAAACUGGUUUAUGAAUUACAGGGCUUGAUUUGCCAUGUUAUUGGCUGCACUUCAUCUUAUAGAUAUCCUAUGAAGCGUGUGUGUGAAAUUAAUAUUUAUUACAAUGUACAAAGUGUAUCUUUUAGAGACAAACCUUUUUCUUUUUACUAUUUGACUGUUACAUGAAGCCACUAUAUCAUUUGAAGAGUACAUUUAAACAUACUUGUGUACUGUGCAUCUUAUUGAAUGAAUUGUGUGUAUGUCUUUGAGCAGCUAUUUCCAGGAACACACAGCGGUAUUGAGAUUUUAAUGAGGCUUUUUUGAAGGGGCAUUACUCAAUUACCGUAAGUGCCUGGAUGUGAUCCCACAAGCACUGUGUUGAUGGUCAAACAUGAGACAAAAAGUCAUUCGUUUCAGAGGUUGGAGAGAACAUGGGAUGCUCUAGGUUUUUCAAAGGUACUCCAGAGGGGUUCACCUGUCAGAAAGACAAAAGCUAUAGGGCGCCUGUCCCCCCAAUGAUGUGCCACUUAACACAAUGUACUGAAAAUAAAAGUGGAAUGUAGGAAUAGUGACUCAGGAAAACAUCUGAGUGUGUGAUGUUUUUGAAUAAAUGAUUUUAACAUGUAUUGUUGGAUUUUUGUUUUGUUGUAGCAAGUAGUCUGUUAUUUUGCAAUGAAAAAAGAAAGAAAGCUAAGCAAGAAGAUUUGUGAACCACUUUGUCCAUGCUUAUCAUUGCCUCUAACAUACAUGUACCAUUAACCAUAUAGUCUACACCAAGGCUUUUUAUGUUCUCAUAAAGAGCCCAUUGUAAAGAGGCUGUCAGCACAGAGCACUAUGACCGC